GAUACAUUGUAUUACACAAGCUCUUCGCCGAUGUGUCGUUUAUCGGUUCAAUCUUGUUUUUAUCCACCACCAGUACAUUAUUCAAGGUCCUAUGUUGAAGCAACAAAUCGGUUUUGUUGCUAAGUUACGGAUUAUAAGUCGUGAUGACAGCAUUAGCCAUCAUUUUCAAUAAACAGCCUUAACGUGUAAUGUCCAAAACACCAACAAUGAAACAUUUCAAUGGAUUUAAUGCCAACGAAACUACUGAAGUUUCGAAUCUUGAAUUAUUUCUUGAGUUCACUAUAAAUCUUGCUAAGCAGAUUCUUCAGUCUGAGCCAAACAACUCACAGAUCCACGACUUUCUUCCAUUAUUAAACGAAGCGGAUUACAUGAAAAAUGCUGGUGUUUUUCACUCCCUUACUGACGAUUCAGAUACAGAAUCUGAGGAAGAUGAUGAUGAUGAUAGCCAUCUGAACACUUCAACGGAUACAGACUCUUCUGAUGAUUUUGACUACACAAGUUCUGAUUCUGACAGCUGUCGGUGUCUUAAAAAAUUACAUGGUUCAUAAAAAUGACAUUUGUAGAUUAUUUUGACUACUGCCUAAUUCAAUAAUUAAACUACCGUUUGAUUGAAAACUGACGGUUUGUAUUCUCUUUAUUGUUCCAUUUGCUGAAUAAACAUGUCUGUAUUCAGUCUUAUGUCGUUUAUUUUAAUAUAUGAAACUGUUAUUAGAAUGUGAGUGAAAUACAUAUUUACUGUAAUAUAUGCAUUAUUUUAAGAAGUGAACGUGAAAAGUAUCAAUACGCGCUUGUGCUCAUAGAUCUACAGCUGUUUCGGAAUAUUUCGCUCCAAAAGUUGUGACUUUCAUAUUAAGUCCUUUCCUGUAUGUAAUGAGCAGUUUCAUAUUUUUAAUCUAAAUCAUGUGUUAAAAUUCGUUCUUCUGAUGAAACCAGUCGCAUUCUGCAACCGACCGUUCUUAUUCUUUAACUCACCGAACCACUUAAUCGCCAACGUUGCACCACGUUUCUGUAAAUAUUCAGUUCAUUACUGCUCCGUACAUAUGGCGUUUACAAAAUGUGAAGGAUCAUGCCUGUUCACUAUUAUGAUAGAUUAUUAAAUAUAAUUUUGCAUAAAGCUUGAAGGAUUACGUCGUUACCAUAAAGUGUCCCGCAUUUUUCAUUUGCAAUAACGACAAAACUGUCAGUAAUUUGUCUGAUUUCUUAAUAACGUUUGUUUCAGAUCAAAAUGAUCUGAUUCUUUUGACACUAUCACAUUUUGGUCUUUAUUUUAAUCUUUCGGCUCUUUCUUACACCGUAACUUACCCAAAUAUUGUUAAUCCGGAAGGCUUUGUAUUGUUUUUUUUUACUAUUUUUUGGCUUGCCAAAAAAUUUAUAAAAUGUUUUAAUUAUUGUUGUAGUGACCAAAAAACUUACGUAGUUGUUAAUAAUAAUGGUAUGAACAGA